AGCUUGGUCGGUUUAAUUUCCGUCAACGUGGCCGUAUACUUAUCGUGCCUGCUUAUCAAGCAUGAUACUCUGCCAGAGUAUCAAACAGCUCCCCAGUUAAAACCCCCGGCAGGGAACGCCAAACCCUAGAACUGUCUCUCCAUCUCCUCUGAGGUCUAGCAAGGAUGGUGAGAGUCAGUGUAUUGAACGAUGCUCUCAAAAGCAUGUACAAUGCUGAGAAAAGGGGGAAACGACAAGUCAUGAUCCGACCGUCCUCGAAAGUGAUUAUCAAGUUCCUUUUGGUCAUGCAGAAGCAUGGUUACAUUGGAGAGUUUGAGUAUGUUGAUGAUCACAGGUCAGGUAAAAUAGUGGUGGAAUUGAAUGGAAGAUUGAACAAAUGUGGGGUCAUUAGUCCUCGCUUUGAUGUUGGGGUCAAAGAAAUCGAGCCCUGGACUGCAAGGCUGCUCCCUUCUAGACAGUUUGGAUACAUCGUGCUGACAACAUCUGCGGGCAUCAUGGAUCAUGAAGAGGCCCGGAGGAAGAAUGUUGGUGGCAAGGUCUUAGGCUUCUUUUACUAGCUGGAGGUUUUCCUGCAAACGGAUUUGAAUAGUUCUCUCUGUUGAGGAAUUUUCAAUGCAUUUUAAAAAACAUUAUACCUGGGUUCUGUUAUUUGCUAA